AUGCUCCCUCUCCACCUGUGCUUGAGCGACAAGGAAACUAUAGCGAGGAAGACCAGAACUCUUCUUGCCAUCGCUACAGCUGGUGAAAAGGUUGAGGAGGCCCUGCAAGAGCAUGCGUCCGAGCUGGACUUUGCUGCUGUCCGCUUAAUGGAGAAGAGGAUUGAAGCUGCAUACAAGUCAGGUGAGGGCAAGGUGGGUAUUCAGGGGCUCUUGCUGCUCCUGAAACGCAUCAGGCUGAUAGCAGAGAGGAAUGCUGCCUCGCCUGCUGAGCGUCUGCUGGACGACUGCCUUCGAGUGCUGGCCAACCCCACACAAGACACAGAUGAGAGUCAGGAGGAAAUACUGGAUUACAUGGAGCUUGCCUUUGAUUUACCAAGGGCAGGGAGUGGUCCUGCCGAUUUGUUCGCAGCAGCUGCGAUGCUUGCAGAGGAGGAGGAGGAGGACUCUGAUGAUGACGACGAUGCCGGUGAACAUGUGGGAAGGGAAGAGUUUGUACUGGUGACGCGAAGCAUGCUGGAGAAAGCCCAAGAACAGAGGGACAUGCUACAGCAGGCACUGCAGAGAGGGGACGUGGACAAGGCUGCUGCGAGCAGGGUGUUGCAGGACCGUGUGCAACUGAUUGAGCACCUGCAAGAGAUCUGCGAUCUAGCGAAUAUUUUCAUGUAA